CCAACAAACGGAACAGCAUUCGUGAUCGGCACACAGAAACAAGACCGACACCCGGCCCCCGAGUACACGCUACACAUACAUCACUUCCCUGCACUGCCAGCAAACACAAACCAAUCCGUCCACGAUGAAAUCCGUUAUCGCACUUUCCAUGGUGGCCUCGGCCGCCGCCUUUGCCCCAGCCUCGCAAUCGAGCAAGGCCACCAGCACGCAGCUCGCCGAGACCCAGGCCGACCUCAAGGCACUCGGACCCAAGCUCAACCCCAUUGUCGGGUUCUGGGAUCCCCUGGACCUGGCCAACGCCGGAUUCUGGGGAUUCUCCCAGGAGCAGACCGUAGGAUGGCUGCGACAGGCCGAGAUCAAGUGAGUUAUGUUAGUUCGUUAGUAGCAGGUUGCGGCAGUUGUGGUUGUUGUUGUUCUGUGGUGUGGUGUGGUGUAGUGUGAUGCCUUGUUAUGUUAUGUUAUUUCAUGUCAUGUGUUGUAAUGCAAUGUCAUGUGUCGUAACGCAAUGCUAUAUGAUGCAAUGCAAAGUUAUGUGAUGUAACGCAUUUGUCAUGUGAUAGAAACCUUGGGUUUGGGUCACUCGAAGCGCACACGAACUGCGACGCGGUCUGCAACAUUUUGUGCUGUGCUGUGCUUUUUGGCUCGGUCCCGUUCACGUACCCGCUGCUCACCACGCCGAACUUUUUUGGUUUUGCUUCUUGCCGUUUCCGUCCGCCCCGCUUGCAAUGCAACACAAUUCAAAUUCAUUCGAUUCCACACCAACCGCUUCGCAAGGCACGGACGCGUUGCCAUGGCCGCCUUUGUCGGAUACUGCGUCCAGUCCAACUUUGCCUUCCCCUGGUCCCUCACCUUUGGAGGACUCCCCUUCCCCUCCACCGAUCUUUCCCCCCCCGAGCAGUGGGACGCCCUCCCAAUGGCCUCCAAGAUCCAGAUCAUCGGAUUCGUCGGAUUCCUCGAGUGGUACUCGGAGCUCUCGGACAACGGCAACGGACCCCACUACACCAAGGGAGGAAAGCCCGGACAGUUCCCCUCGUUCGAGAACGUCCCCCACGGCGCCACCCUCGACCUCUACGAUCCCUUCAAGCUUUCCAAGAACCGCACCGACGAGCAGAAGGCAAAGGGAUUGCUGGUCGAGAUCAACAACGGCCGCCUGGCCAUGCUCGGAAUCUUUGGCUUCCUCUGCGAGCAGACCAUCCCCGGAUCCGUCCCCGCCCUCACUGGUGUCGUCAAGCCGUACGCCGGAGAAGUCAUGGCGCCCUUUGUGUAGGCGGCUGGCUCCGAAGGCAGCGUUUCGCGGAGCAGAAGCAGGAACCAACAAAGCGAACCCGACGGAAUGCUGUUGUGCCGUGCCAUGCUCUGCAGUGAGAGAGGACGGAACGAACCGGAAUGCGGUGCGACACAACGCGAUGCAGCGGAAAACCCCGCACACGACGAGCAACGGUGUUGUGUUGCGGACGCACUUCUUGGUCUCAAGGGGUUGUUGUUUCCUCGAUGCGCACCUUUUGAUUUUUCGGCGACGAGGACUCAUAAUGUCAAUGAUGCUACAACAUACGAAUUAAUAGAGAUUACGAUUGAACUCGUCCGGAAACGCUAGCGAUUCGUUCU